UAUAUCAAGUGUCUUGUCUGGGCGUUUUAAAUUUUAUUAGGGAGAUCACCAGCUCACCUGAAGCAGCCUUCCACUAAAUGUGGAAGUGUGUGUGUGUGUGUGUCUGGGAGGGAACAAGCUGUGGAGCACUAAUGACUUGUGACUGAGGGGAAACAAGGGAGGAGCAACGUGAAGCAGCAACAGCAGCAGCAGGAGCAGCUCUGGAGUUAAAACCUUGUGUCCAGUCUGUCUGUCUGUCUCACUGGUCUGUGACUGUUUCACUGGAGAGUCACUCAGUCACAUUUGAUAUGUGAAAGGAGCGAGGAACUGCAGUCUCUCCUCCUCAACUUGACAUCUCUGCCUCUUCCUCGCGUCCUCUGGAGAGUCGCACCAGCGGAGAGAACCAUGCUGUCCUUCAUCUGUCUGCUCAUCCUCCUCGUCCCACAUGCGUUGUUCACCUCGACACAUGUGGCGGUGAUCUACCCUCAGGAUCAAGUCCUACGCAUCGGUUCCACCCUGAUGGCCACGUGCACUCUGAGCCCGGAGCUCGGCCUCCACGCCAACAAGUUGUACUGGACGAUGAACGGGAUGCGUCUGUCCAGCAGCACCUACGACAUGGUGUCCCCCGACACGCUGAGCGUCACCCUUCACCACCUGAACGGUUCCCAGCAGAAGUCUGGAGACAACCUGGUGUGUCAUGGGGCAGACGGCCUCGUCCUGGGUGGUUCUUGUCUCUAUGUGGGCAUGCCUCCAGAAAAACCAGUCAACUUAACAUGCUGGUCCCGCAACGCAAAGGACUUGAGCUGCAAGUGGAGCCCAGGGGGACCGGGGGAAACCCACAUCCGGACCAAAUACACCCUCAAGUACAAAUUGAGGUGGUACAGUCGAGAGAAGGAGUGUGACACUUACAGCUCAGGUAAGCAGCGCUACUCCUGCCACAUCCCCCGCAACCUCGCCCUCUUCACGCCGUACGAGAUCUGGGUGGAGGCCACCAACGAGCUGGGCUCUGCCACCUCUGACAUCACCACCCUGGACAUCCUGGAUGUGGUGACUACAGACCCUCCCGCCAACGUGCAGGUGGGUCGUGUUGGAGACCUCGAGGACCAGCUUACCGUCCGCUGGGCCAGUCCCCCUGAGCUCAGGGACAUCCUGUUUCAGGCCAAGUAUCAGAUCCGCUACAGACUGGAGGACAGCACUGAAUGGAAGGUGGUGGAUGAUGUUGGUAACCAGACAUCAUGUCGGCUGGCGGGCCUCCAGCCUGGAACCGUCUAUUUUGUCCAGGUGAGGUGCAACCCAGUGGGCAUCUAUGGCUCCAGGAAGGCCGGGAUCUGGAGCAACUGGAGUCACCCGACUGCCGCCUCCACUCCCACUCCCAGUGAGCGCCUGCAGAGCGGCUCUUGUGAGUCCAAGCCCAGUGAGCACAACUCCACCCUGCGGCGGGAACUCAAGCAGUUCUUCGGCUGGGUCCGCAAGCAUGCAUAUGGCUGCAGCGGCAUGUCAAUCAAACUGUACGAUCAGUGGCGAGUGUGGCUGCAGAAAUCGCACAGAACGCGCAACCAGGUAGAUUCUACACGAUGAUAAUUCAUAGCACUGCCGCUCAGCACAACUGGUGUUUAAUACAACAACAGCCUCAGGAAACACCGACAGAUAACUGGCCUCUAGCGUCCCGGCUGUGGGAGAGGUCCACCGCCCCGGCUGAGGGAUGCUGCAGUGUUUGGUCAUCAAGCCGCGAGUUUAAAGGGCCCGGGUGGAAGAUAACUGAAGUGAGACAAUGCAGCCUUUUUCCACCAUUUCCGCUGGCCAAACCUGUCUUUGUACAAACACCAGCGUUUAGACCCUCAGUUAACUGCACUUUUAUUCUACAGGAAAAAGAAGAUAUGGUCAUAGUUUAGACUUUUUGUUGAAUUAAUGUAUGUUAAGCAAGUCUCAAAUGUUUUUUCUUUUAAGUCAAAUGGUCACAAAAACAUUACUCAAAAAAAUAUAUGAUGUAUAUGUAACAGUAACAUGAAGGAAUGUAUACCAAGUACCACGUAGGGGUAUAUAUGUUUGCAGGUUUGAAAAAUGUUAAGUAUAUUUAUGUAAAGCAGGUAUUAACAAACACACCAUAUAGUAGAUCAAUUUAGAAUCUUUUUAAUUUGCGUAUUCCAGUGAUCAAUUAUGAAACCCAGUAAACUAAGGCCCUAUUAUCUGCAGUGUGCAUACCAUUGUGUAUCUGAGCAGACAUUUUCAUGCUAUAUAUUUUGUAUAAAUGUAUAUUUAAGCAAUGGAAUUUUACUAAAUUCUAUACUGUGUAUGACAUUUGUAUAAAAGAAAAGCAAAGAACAAAAAAUAUCUUGUUAAGUUUGUUUUUUUAAUUCAAAAAUAUAAUGUAUCAAGUAAACAAAGAUGGAUGAGCUUUUAAGUGUUAUUCGACUUUUUUCAGUAUUUACACUUUAUCGAUUUCAUUGCAACUUCAGCAUUUUUUUUUUUUUUUGCUCAGGCAUGCAUUAA